AAUCCUGCUCCGACUCGGAUCCAUCUUUGACGGAUCACCAAAAAGCCAACAGCAGGGCCGGUCUGCAAAUCUUGAACCCCGUUCUAGAUCCCUCAAGACCCAUACAACAAACAACUGCUGUCAUAUUCGUCGUCGUCGCCGCCAGCUCUAUUUCCCAACACAGCAACCAAGUGUCGGCCGACCGCCAAUGUUGCCGUGCUCGGUCCGACGCGUGGUGUCGGCGGCGCCUCAGACUCCCAUCAUGGGAUCCGUAGGCGCCGUCGCCGCCACGGCCGGUGCGAUUGCGUCCGCUGCAAGGGCAACUCGCCAUCAGAGGCGAUACUCCUCCUCUAACCCGUCUAGCCCCGACAACGACCCCAAGGGUGUACCGCCGUCAUCGUCUGACAGGUCCAUGGCCGCCCAGACGUCAAAAUCUUCAUCGUCCAGCUCGGGUGGUGACAAGAGGAGAAGGAGGGCCAAGGAGUCUACAGAUCGCUCGUCUUUCAAGUCGCUGCCCUCUGUCCCCAGCACGCAACACCUUCCUCGCGAGUCCCUCGCUCUGUCGGCAUUUUUCUCGCUUCACCGGCCCAUGUCCAUCACCCACAGCCUCCCGAGGACAGUGACGGACGAUGCCUUUGCCUCCAUCUUCCUCCGCCGUGGUCGUUCCGAAAAGACUCAAGACGUCAUCUCGACCCUCUCAAAUACCGUGCACGAGCUGGAAAAGCCCAUGGGCAACCUCGGCCUCUCCCACGGCGACGCCGACCCCAACGAGGGCGUGCGAGAAAUCACGCUCAAGAACGCCGACGGUAGCGACUCGGGCGUCUGCGUCCAGCUCAACGACAUGCUCGGCUCCAAGUUCCAGCCGUUCUGCCCGCCACCGCUCCCCAAGCCCGCCGCUACGGAAGGCAGCUCCACCGCCACCGAGACCGCUGAGGCUUCCGAGACUAGCCAGGUCGAACCGCAGCGUCGGUUGUACAAGGCCGUCCUGACGAUCGAGGAGACGGUGGACGAGAACGGUGAGGUCAAGUACGUGGCUCACAGCUCGGAUCUCCUCGAGGACUCGGCACAGCCGCGGUCGUUUCUGGGGCGCAUGGCAGCGCGCCAGCUCCGGUUUGACGACAGCCAGAGGCAACGGCAACAGGACGGCAUGUGGGCCAUCAGCGUCAAGAGGCAGCGCAAGCUCAAGAUGAAGAAGAAGAAGUACAAGAAGCUCAUGAAGAAGACGCGAAACGAAAGGCGUAGGCUGCACCGCACCUAAACGCUCUCUCGAAAGAGGCCUGAUCUCUCCUCGACGCAGUUUCUUACAUCCUCUUGGCUUGCUUCGAGGGGCGUUAUCAUGCGCGCAUUUGCAUUGAGCAUUGGGGGUUUGUUUCCCUUAAAUCUUCAGACUGUUUCCACAGCCAUCGUGUUUCAUAUACAUGUAUGCGAUCGCUGGCAUUGCUGCCUGCAUUUUGCUCUUUUACCUCUACUCUUGGUGCAUCAAGGUGGUCUGGAUCUAUCGUGGGUCAUAGAUAUGGCGGGCAUCGGUUGUAUAUAUCGACGUUGUUGGCGGAGAGUGCAUGCCAUCUUUACAUUGUGCAGUCCGAGUGAUUUUACAAAGUACCAGCCCUGCUCGAGCUCCCACUCCGUAUGUAUAGACAAAUAAUCUGUGCUUUCGAGGAGCGAUGGCUAUUGUAACUAUAUGUACCUUAUGUAUGUAUGUAUGUACUAGUAUCGAUUAUAGAUUUUCAAAGCAAUGCGCAUCCAAACGUGGCACUGUGGAAUGGUAUAUAAAAAAGUCAAAAUACAGUAUGGGGAUUAAAUUUAG